AUUUUAGCCAUUAACAAACAACACAUCACAACAAGGCUAUUAUAAAAACUCACCAAUCAAAGAAGCAUUGAAUCUUGAAGAAGAAAGCCAUGGCAAAGUCCAAGAACAAUGCCAAGAAGUUGUCUUACAUUUCAGUCCCUUCUCAGAUCAUCAACUCCAUAUCUUCCUCUUCUCUUCAAUCUUUGCUAGAAUCUCCCAAGAAAUGUGCAAGACAUUCAAAAUUCUUCAGCUUUUUCAAGUGGGGUAGGCCAAGAUUGUUCCUUUUCAUUCUCUCUCUCCUCGCCUUCUUCACCAUGCUCAAGCUGGGCUUCAAUCUGGCCACCCCAUUUUCUCCUUUCCCCUGUGCAACCUCAGUAGGCUUCUCAAAAUCCCUCCCCGGAGGAGUAGUUUUAUCACGGAAGAGUGGUGUUUUGGAUGGUGGCGAUGACACUGUUUCUGAGCCUCUGAUUACCAGUGUGCAGUUACAUGCACAGGUUCCGAGAGGGGUGGAAACUGGUGAAGAGAUUGAAAAGAGUGAGUUUUGGGAGCAGCCAGAUGGGUUAGGGUACAAACCUUGCUUAGGUUUCAGCCGGGAGUAUAGGAGGCAGAGUGAGGGAGUUGUGAAGAACCGGAGGAGGUACCUCAUGGUGGUGGUUUCUGGAGGGAUGAAUCAGCAGAGGAAUCAGAUUGUUGAUGCCGUUGUCAUUGCUAGGAUUCUUGGGGCUGCUUUGGUUGUUCCUAUAUUGCAAGUCAAUGUCAUUUGGGAAGAUGAAAGUGAAUUUGCUGAUAUAUUUGAUUUGGAGCACUUCAAGAGUGUUCUUGCCAAUGAUGUGAGGGUGGUUUCAGCUUUGCCAUCAACACAUCUAAUGACAAGGCCAGUGGAGGGAAGCCCUCCUCCUCAUGCCACUCCCAGUUGGAUUCGGUCACACUAUCUCAGAAGAUUCAACAGAGAAGGUGUCUUGCUUUUACGUGGACUGGAUUCGAGGCUGUCAAAGGAUCUUCCUCCUGAUCUUCAGAAGCUUAGAUGCAAGGUUGCUUUUGAUGCAUUGAGGUUUGCAAAGCCUGUUCAGGAACUUGGUAACAACAUUGCUGAGAGAAUGAAAAGCAAGGGACCUUACCUUGCUCUUCAUCUACGGAUGGAAAAGGAUGUCUGGGUGAGAACUGGUUGUCUACCUGGUUUGAGUCCCGAGUAUGAUGAGAUUGUAAAAACUGAGAGGAUAAAUAGGCCUGAGCUCUUAACUGCAAAAUCAAACAUGACAUACCAUGAAAGGAAGCUGGCUGGUCUCUGUCCCUUAAAUGCUGUCGAGGUUACCAGGCUGCUUAAAGCUCUAGGAGCUCCAAAAAGUGCAAGAAUUUACUGGGCUGGAGGACAACCAUUAGGUGGUAAAGAGGCACUGCAACCACUAAUCAAUGAGUUUCAAAAUCUUUACAGCAAGGAAGAUCUUGCAUUACCUGAAGAACUAGAACCAUUUGCAAAUAAAGCUUCCCUAAUGGCUGCCAUAGAUUACAUAGUCUCUGAGAAGAGUGAUGUUUUCAUGCCAUCUCAUGGAGGAAAUAUGGGCCAUGCAAUUCAGGGUCACAGGGCUUAUGCAGGUCACAAGAAAUAUAUAACACCAAACAAAAGACAUAUGCUACCCUAUUUUCUGAACUCUUCCCUCCCUGAAGAAGAGUUCAACAGAAUCAUCAAGGAACUGCAUCAAGACUCAUUAGGUCAGCCAGAACUCAGGACUAGCAAGGCUGCAAGAGAUGUCACUAAAUAUCCUAUUCCUGAGUGCAUGUGCAAUGACUCAUAACAUCAUUCAUCCUAGUUAAUUGCACAUAUCAUACCAAGCUUUUGGUACAAAUGGAUGCACAAACAUGAAAGGAAGCUGGUUUUGACAAUCAGUAUGAUUUUGAGGUCAGUUCCAUGGGAACCACAGUUCUUGAUAGCAUCAUCUUGAGAGGCAUGAAGUGAAGCAUGCAUGUCCCUGUAGGUUUUCCUCACAUUAUUCAUUAAAUACACAGAAUAUGUAUUCAACUAUGUGAGGCAAUGUAGAUUUUCAUCAGUUGAUAAUAGGCUCAAUCAGUGCAUAGAACAGAUCAUUCUUUGAUUCUUUAUAGAGUUUGUAUAGUACAUUCCCAAUUCUUUGUAGUACAUAUCAGUAUAAAUUCCCAGUUUUGGAUGGAUUUAUUUGCUCUUUCUAGAUCACCUUAUGCAAGAAACUGAACCAGUGAUUGAA